GCCCGAGUCGGCCGGCUCCGGGGGGCGGGCCCGCUCGAGAGCGCCUCCUGUCGCCCGUGCGCUGGCCCUGCCAGUCCUCGGCACCCCAACUCCUCCCGCGCCCCCCCCCCCCCCGCCGCCUCCUCCAUCCUCCAGUUCAAAAUGGCGGCGGCGGCGGCGGCGGCGGCGAUGGCUCCUCCGGGCUUCCCGGGUGCGUGCCCCAACUUCGCCGUCGUCUGCUCCUUCCUGGAGCGCUACGGGACGCUGCUGGACCUGCCCGAGCUGCCCUUCCCCGAGCUGGAGCGGGUGCUGCAGGCGCCGCCGCCCGACGGCGGCCACGGGGAAGUACCAAAAGAAUUGGUGGAGCUCCAUUUGAAGUUGAUGAGAAAGAUCGGCAAAUCUGUUACAGCGGACAGAUGGGAAAAAUACUUGAUUAAGAUAUGCCAAGAGUUUAACAGCACCUGGGCAUGGGAGAUGGAGAAGAAGGGCUAUCUCGAAAUGAGUGUGGACUGCAAACUAGCACUCUUAAAGUAUCUCUGUGAGUGUCAGUUUGAUGACAAUCUUAAGUUCAAGAACAUUAUUAAUGAGGAGGAUGCUGACACCAUGCGUCUCCAGCCAAUUGGGCGAGACAAAGAUGGCCUCAUGUAUUGGUACCAGUUAGAUCAAGAUCAUAAUGUCAGAAUGUAUAUAGAAGAACAAGAUGACCAAGAUGGCUCUUCGUGGAAAUGCAUUGUCAGAAAUCGAAACGAGUUGGCUGAGACUCUUGCACUGCUGAAAGCACAGAUUGAUCCUAUGCUGUUGAAGAACUCGAGCCAACAGGACAGCUCUUCCCGGGAAAGCCCCACCUUAGAGGACGAGGAGACUAAAAAAGAGGAAGAAACACCUAAACAAGAGGAACAAAAAGAAAAUGGAAAGAUAAAAAGUGAUGAACGACCAAAGGACUCGGUAAACGAUUCUACAGCCAGUGUUCUAGAGGAGACUACUGUGAAAAUCGAAAGGGAAGAUGAGACAGAACUUGUGAAACUACCAGUCAUAGUAAAGCUAGAAAGACCUUUGCCAGAAAAUGAACAAAAAAAGAUGAUCAAAGAAGAGAGCGAUUCUUUCAAGGAGAAUGUGAAACCAAUUAAAGUAGAAGUGAAGGAUUGCAGAGGAGAGCCCAAAGAUAGCAGAGGUGUCGACAAGCUGGCGCUGCAGGAGUCCGAGCGCCUCGAAUUUGGUGGCAGCAUCAAAUCUACUCAGGACAUUUCAGACAAAUCUACCGAAGACACUGAGAAACUCAGAAAUGACCAGCAGGCCAAGAUACCACUGAAAAAAAGAGAAAUUAAACUCAGCGAUGAUUUCGACAGUCCGGUAAAAGGGCCAUUAUGUAAAUCAGUUACUCCAACAAAGGAGUUUUUGAAAGAUGAAAUAAAACAAGAAGAAGAGACUUGCAAAAGGGUCUCUACUAUCACUUCUUUGAAUAAUGAAGGGAAACAACUAGUAAACGGAGAAGUUAAUGAUGAAAAGAUAACUACAAAUUUUAAAACAGAACAAACAGAGACAAAAUUUUGUGAUCUAAAGGAAGAUAGCUCCAGCAGCCCCGCUAAGGACAAAAAUGUUCUCACAGAGGAAAAUGGAACAGAAUGCCUAAAUAAUUCUGUCAUAACAAAUAUGAAAAUAAAUGAGCUUGAAAAAGAAGCAAUCCCUUUAGGUGUAGAUAGUUCAUUGUCAGUGUUAGGGACUCACAGUCAGAAAGGACAGUCAGAGGAACCUGCAUCUCCAAAAAUGGAAACUUCGCAUGACUUUUCUGAGUUGGCAAAGGAUCUAUCUUUAAAAACUAUUUCAUCUGCUGCUGAACCUUGUACCAUGACAGUUGAAGCAAAGUCCCCCAAAAGUAAGAAAGAGAACCUCCCACCUACCAUAGAAUGUCUUGAAAAAAUAGAGAAAUCCAGAAAGACUUUCCUUGAUAAAGAUACACAAAGAUUGAGUCCAAUACCAGAAGAAGUUCCAAAGAGCACUCCAGAAUCAGAAAAAUCAAACUCUCCUGAAGCUGCUGAAACUUCUCUACCAACUAAAACGAGCGGCCAUGGUGAGAAGGUAGCCUCAGAAAAAGAAGCAGAAGGUCAGAGUCCCAGUUCUGUUGAUGAAGCCCAGUCCCUGGGAAAAGCAGAUCCAGAAAUUGGAAAAGAGAGUUCUGAGUCCAGGAAGAUGGAAUUGGAUAAUCUGGACAGUGCCCAGACUUCUGGCAGAGAGGAGGAUGCUUCUGAGACAAAGAGUGCUACCCAAAAAAGCAAACUUAAAUACAAGUUGGUUCCUGAAGAAGGAACCACUGCCUCAGAUAAAACAGAGAUAACCUCUGAAAGACAAAAAGAAGGCAUCAAAUUAACAAUUAGGAUAUCCAGUCGGAAGAAGAAGCCAGAGUCUCUCCCCCAAAUUCUAGAACCAGAAAGCAAACAAGAGAAGACAGAAAAAGAAGAGGAGAAAGCAAAUGUUGGGCGUACUUUAAGAAGGUCUCCAAGGAUAUCUAGACCCACAGCAAAAGUGGCUGAAAUCAGAGAUCAGAAAGCUGAAAAAAAAAGAACAGAUGGGGAAGAUGAAAUGGAUGAAGAGUCCACAGCUUCACAAAAAUUAGACAAAAAAGAAAAUACUAAAAAAGUGGAGAAGGAUACAAAUUCUAAAGUAAGCAAGGUAAAGCCCAAAGGCAAAGUUCGAUGGACUGGUUCUCGAACACGUGGCAGGUGGAAAUACUCCAGCAAUGAUGAAAGUGAAGGUUCUGAGAGUGAAAAGUCAUCCGCAGCUUCAGAAGAGGAAGAAAAGGAAAGUGAAGAGGCUGUCAUAGCUGAUGAUGAUGAACCCUGCAAAAAAUGUGGCCUUCCAAACCAUCCAGAGCUGAUCCUCCUGUGUGACUCCUGCGACAGUGGCUACCACACCGCCUGCCUGCGCCCUCCGCUGAUGCUCAUCCCCGACGGAGAGUGGUUCUGCCCCCCCUGCCAGCAUAAACUGCUAUGUGAAAAAUUAGAAGAACAGUUGCAAGAUUUGGAUGUUGCCUUAAAGAAGAAAGAGCGUGCUGAACGAAGGAAAGAACGGUUGGUUUAUGUUGGUAUCAGUAUUGAAAACAUCAUUCCUCCACAAGAACCAGAUUUUUCAGAAGAUCAAGAAGAAAAGAAAAAAGAUACCAAAAAAUCUAAAGCAAACUUGCUUGAAAGGAGGUCCACAAGAACACGGAAAUGCAUAAGUUACAGAUUUGAUGAGUUUGAUGAAGCAAUUGAUGAAGCUAUAGAAGAUGAUAUCAAAGAAGCUGAUGGAGGAGGAGUUGGCCGAGGCAAAGAUAUAUCGACCAUCACAGGUCACCGUGGGAAAGAUAUCUCUACUAUUUUGGAUGAAGAAAGAAAAGAAAAUAAACGCCCCCAGAGGGCAGCUGCUGCUAGAAGGAAGAAACGCCGGCGACUAAAUGAUCUGGACAGUGACAGCAAUUUGGAUGAAGAGGAGAGUGAGGAUGAGUUCAAGAUCAGUGACGGAUCUCAAGAUGAGUUUGUCGUAUCAGAUGACAACCCUGAUGAAAGUGAAGACGAUCCACCCUCUAAUGACGACAGCGACACGGACUUCUGUAGCCGGAGGCUGAGGCGGCACCCCUCCCGGCCAAUGCGGCAGAGCAGGCGUCUGCGGAGAAAGACCCCCAAGAAGAAGUAUUCCGAUGAUGAUGAAGAAGAGGAAUCCGAAGAAAAUAGUAGAGACUCUGAAAGUGACUUUAGCGAUGAUUUUAGUGAUGAUUUUGUAGAAACUCGGCGAAGGCGAUCAAGGAGAAACCAGAAAAGACAAAUUAAUUAUAAAGAAGAUUCAGAAAGUGAAGGUUCCCAGAAAAGUUUACGGCGUGGUAAAGAAAUAAGGCGAGUUCACAAGCGCAGACUUUCCAGCUCAGAAAGUGAAGAGAGCUAUAUGUCCAAGAACUCUGAAGACGACGAGCUAGCUAAAGAAUCAAAGCGGUCAGUUCGAAAGCGGGGCCGAAGCACAGAUGAGUAUUCAGAAGCAGAUGAGGAUGAAGAGGAGGAAGGCAAACCAUCCCGGAAACGGCUCCACCGGAUCGAGACAGAUGAGGAAAGCUGUGAUAAUACUCACGGAGAUGCAGAGCAGCCUGCUCAUGACAGCCAGCCCAGGGCCCUGCCCGCAGAGCACGAGAGCACCAAGAAGCCCUACCGGAUAGAAAGUGACGAGGAAGAAGACUUUGACAAUGUAGGCAAAGUGGGAAGCCCAUUGGACUAUAGCUUAGUGGACUUGCCUUCCACCAAUGGACAGAGUCCUGGCAAAGCCAUUGAGACCUUGAUUGGCAAGCCAGCCGACAAGCCCCAAACCCCCAAGGACAGUAGCGCCGCCAGUGCAAGCCUGGCCUCCAAUGGGACAAGCGGCGGGCAGGAGGCGGGAGCACCGGAGGAGGAGGAGGACGAGCUUCUGAGAGUGACUGACCUUGUUGAUUAUGUCUGUAACAGUGAACAGUUAUAAGACUUUUUUUUUUUCCAUUUUUGUGCUAAUUUAUUCCACGGUAGCUCUCACACCAGCGGGCCAGUUAUUAAAAGCUGUUUGAUUUUUCCUAGAAAACUCCACUACAGAAUGACUUUUUAGAAGAAAAAUUACAACAAACCCUGAAGUCUUUCUGUGAAGUGACCAGUUUUGAACUUUGAAGAUAAAUAAUUGCUGUAAAUUCCUUUGAUUUUUCUUUUUCCAAGUUCAUGGUCCUCGGUAAUUUCAUUCAUGGAAAAAAUCUUAUUAUAAUAACAACAAAGAUUUGUAUAUUUUUGACUUUAUAUUUCCUGAGCUCUCCUGACUUUGUGAAAAGGGUAGAUAAGAAUGCAUUCCAUAUCUAUCAGGGCCCAAAACAGAAUUUAGGGGUGGGAGAAAGCACUUGUGCUUUAGCUUUUUCAUAUUAAAUAUAUAUUAUAUUUAAACAUUCAUGGCAUAGAUGAUGAUUAACAGACUGUUUAAAAGUCCAAAUCUGCAUUGUUGCAGUUUGAGAAUUGUAGAUACCAUCAUACAUGUGUCCAUUAGUAAUAGCCUUCGUGAAAUGGUUUUUAUUAUAGUUACCACACUUUAAAUAAAGAAGAGACCAUGAAAGUAUCAUCAUAAAAACACUGUAACUCAAGUUUCUGUGACAGCAGAGUUUCUUG